CACGCAGUCGAUCGGCAACCACGGCGCGUUCUCCAACAAUCUCUCAGCCCACUCAGCUCAGAGAGUGCCGCGAGCCCGAGUUCCUCUGAUUCCAGGUGGCGUAUCGGUGCCUCACCUGCCUAUCGUACAAUUUUUACCUGCGACCCUCCACCGGAUCGGGGACCAGCGCCCGACCAAUCGGCGCGCCCGACCCUGGGGCCCCACGCUCCAACGCUCGUUCCAUCUCUUCGAGGAAAGAAUAAACCAUAACAUGGGGAUCUCGGCAGCUUGGCUGCUGACCAUCUUCUUGGUGGUCGCUGCCAUUACAACCGACGCAUCACCUUCUUCGACAUCCCGCACUACGGAAGUCGUUCGUACCAACGGAGUAAAUGCAACGACCGUCGAAGCCGCGAAAACGACACCGAAGGACAGCUUUAUAGAUUACGCUAGACCCUUCACAAAUAUGAAGGACAUACUGAUGCAAGAGAUCCAGACUUUGGACAAAGACACUUUAGACAAAGACGAUGCUAAGAUCCAGGAAGAGGUAGCGAAGACUUUCAAGGCCGAAGCGCAGAGGGACAUGAUGAACUUGCGAAUAAAGCCGACUUUUAAACCGAAGAUAACUGUAAAAUCAAAUUCGCUUCUGGGUGAAGAUGAGGAAUUAAAGAAACUCGACCCUAUACCUUACGAGGAUGAUAAUAGCGACGAGGAUAGCGACGACGACGACGAAUUCAGCGACGAGGAGUACGAGGAUGAGGAUUUGCUCCCGGGGGUGGAUGAUGAUGAAGAAGUUAUGACGGAGUGCCCUGAUUAUUGCAAAUGCGCCGGGCAAUACGCGGCUGCGACAACUGCAACAUGCACCAAAUUGACGAACGAGCAGUCCUUUGGGUCAAGUAUCGCUCAUCUGCGCAUCGAGAACGCCGGCGAGAUACAAUUGGGACCGAACGCCCUGCGGGCUCGGGGCCUUCAGCAAUUGGAGUCCAUCACCAUCGUCGACACGCGCAUAGUCGAGCUAGAUCGCACAGCCUUCAAUGGCAUCACGUACCUGUUUGCCGUGAACUUGACACGCAACGGUCUGCAGGACAUCCAUCCGAACACCUUCCAGAACAACACGCAGCUCAGCCUGCUCACGAUCUCCGGUAAUCCGCUUAAGCACAUGCACGACUCAAGGCCGACGAAGCACUAUUUGCUGCACGCACCCUCGGUCACCGAUCUCGACUUCUCGAACAACGGCAUAUUACGGUUGAAACGCACCGCCUUCUCCAAGAUGCACAGCCUCAAUUUCAUCAAUCUACGCGGCAACCGGCUGAGAGAGAUCGACAGCACGAUCUUCGACUCGCUGGACCAGCUCAUGGAAGUGGACCUCUCAGAUAAUAUACUGAAUGAAAUCCCCAUUGACCUGUUCAUUAACAAAGAUGUGCAAAUUCUUCGUGUCGCUGGAAAUAAUCUAUCAACGUUGGCCACCAUAAGUUCUUCGAAACUGACGAUGCUCGACGUCUCCAGAAACAAGAUCAGGAUAAUCGGCAAGGAGGAUCUGGAAGGCGUACCAUUAUUGGACCAAUUAUAUGCCAAAUCGAACAAUUUGAAAAGAAUCCACCAGCACGCUUUUAGCAAGCUCGAACAAUUACAAUAUCUGGAUAUCAGCGAUAACAGGCUCUCCUUGUUAACCGAGCACCAUUUCAAAUCCAAUCCGAGACUGCAGGUUCUGCUGAUGAACGACAAUCCCGCUUUGCAGGUUCUGCCAGUUUUCAAAACCUACGACCUGGAGCACAAUACAUUCAGCACCAUCCGUUUCGAGUGCGCAAAUUGUGGUCUGGACAGCAUCAAGGUAGGCACGUUCGACGAAAUGCCAGCGUUGACUCGGCUGAAGCUCGCGAAGAAUCGCCUGACCGGCCUGCCCGAUGGGCUCCUGGAUAAUCUUUCGUCUCUUCGAGAAUUGGAUCUGUCCGACAAUAUCAUCACUACUCUCACGCCUAACAUGUUCCGCGGCGCCGUAUCUUUGAGUAAAGUGAACCUUGGCCGCAAUCCUUUGAGAACACUGCAAGUGACGCCGUUCCUGAGCAUUCCAGGACUUCUCAAGCUGGAUGUGAGCCGGUGCAACCUCGAGCGCGUCUGGAGCGAAGCUAGAGUGCCGUUGAAGAGUCUUCGGUUCCUGUCGGUUCGCGGUAAUCUUCUGCGGCGAAUCACCGUCGAGGAACUUAAGGCCACGCCAAAUCUCGCCAGUCUGGAUUUGUCGCACAAUCCCCUGGAUUGUGACUCCGAGUUCACCGAAGCUGUGCAAUGGCUCACCGAUCAUGGCGUCGCACCGACAGAAGUACUUGAACUUUCCAGUGAUAAGUUCGAUGAUAUUGAAGAUAUUGAUAACAUGGAUUUGAUGGACGUCGGUCAGUGGACGGACUUGGCGAAGAUAGUUUGCGAUGGAAUCGACGAUGGUCCACCAUCCAGAUCGUUUCCUGGCAAAGGCACACGCCCGAAAGACAUUCUUCUGGAUGUCGAUGUUAUAGAAGAUGCCGAUCCUCUGUUGAAAAACGAGCUCGAUAACGAUGAGAAGCUGAACAUCGAUCACGGCAUGCCGCAUAUCGACGAGCCGCGGCUCAUGGAGAAUCAAGAAUACGAUGAGGACUUCGCGAUCACCACGGAAUAUCACACUUGGUACAACUUGAGACCCGGCUUCAAGGUCUGGCUGGUUUCCGGUACCGUCCUGUCCGUUCUGGUAGUCUUCCUGUUGGUGGCGCGCAUCGCCUGCUGCUUGGCGAACAAACGUGGACGGGGUCCCGUGAUCAGGCCGCCCCUGAUUCUCCGUCAGGGUCUGGUCGACAACAAGAACUGCGGUUUGGUGUACAAACCCCUGCAGGAGGAAAUAGCCACGCCUCACAUGCCGAAACGAGGUAGCUUCUACUCGAGCAGCACCUUCCAUUACGACAAAAUCGUACCAGAGAGUGUGUAAGAGAAACUUGUUUCCUGAUUAAUUAAGUGACCAAUUACGGGGCGACUGGAUGUGAUUGGUUGUGAACGGCGGGCUGUCGAAGAUCAUUUCGCGCCGUUCUCUGCGAAUCAAGAGAAGAAGUUCUUCAGACUGUUAUUGGGUGAACGACGAAGCCGAUGAGGAUAAUUAGGUAGACUCCUUCGACCAAUAUAAAUAUAUGCUCAAUAUAUAUGCGAUUUUAUCAGCAAAUUGGCAGAUAAUUGUUUCUAUUGAAAGAGUAUAACUAUGAGCAUUUAAUUCGACCUUCUAGAAACGCGUAAUACGAUUGAUCGAAAAACGUGUUUCUUCUAGGCUUUGUCGUGUUCUCAAAGUUUAUACAAAACACGUGAUUAAGAAGCGUUUAUUGUUAUUAUUAACUCGAAGAUGCCUGAUAGAAUUAAAAUAUGGAUAGUUACAGUAUCUUAUUUAGAUCCAUAAAUCGCGCAGUACUGUAUUACAAUCAUACAUAAUCAUGUAUUUUUUUUUAUAAAUAAUAAAAAUUUACAUUAUUUUUUAGAAAAGAUAGAGUUACAGAAGAUUAUAACAAUGUACUUAUUAUUUAUAAAUCUAAUGCUUGUAACAGCUCUACUCGGUUAAGCAAGGAGUUUCAAAGCGUAAUUCAAGGAACAGCAGUACUGCCCAGAAGCAUAUUUAAUCAAAUGAUGCAUAUAUAAUCAUUUUACAUAAGGAUGUAACUUAAUAAUAAUAAUAAUACUUGGAGAAAAUUGGGCAAACGCAUGUUUAUUGAUGGCCGGUGAUGGACGAAUGAGAGAAUUACAUGUGACAAAUGUAAAAUUUUAUAUGAAACGGAACGAGAGAGUUUCCUGUAGGAUGCCCAGUCAUAGUAAUAUAUGCCAACAUUAUCGUAAAACAAUUUUUUAAUUAUGGUGACAAUAUUCUUACUCAGCGAGAAUUCGAAAACUUACGUCGAAAAUAUUUUGUACGUACGUUAUGUCGCUACGCACGCACAGGCUCUUAUUAUUAUGCUAUUAUAUAUAUAUAUAUAUAUGCUGUAAAUAAUAAAUAUUGUUUUAAUAAAAUUUAAAUUAGAA